AUGCCGCGCUGCAGACUAACUGUGAGCACUAUGAUCCUCCUGGUCCUCCUCCAGGGGGCUGCAGUGGUGCUUUUCUGUGGAUGGUAUGUCCAGCUCAGCCCCUGUGGCUCUGCUCCGUCUCAGGAAAAGAUCCAUGUGCUGUUGCUGUCGUCAUGGCGAUCAGGCUCAUCCUUCUUGGGACAGGUGUUCAGUCAGCACCCGUCAGUGUUCUAUCUGAUGGAGCCAGGAUGGCAUGUGUGGACCACCCUGCAGCGGCCAGGAGCCAGAGCCCUUCGCAUGGCAGUCAGAGACCUUCUCCGCAGCACGUUCCUUUGUGACUUCUCCACCAUGGAGGCCUACCUACCCCUACAGCACAACAUAUCCAACCUGUUCAUGUGGAGCCACAGUCGGGCCCUUUGCUCGCCUCCAGCCUGCCCCCUCACCCCCCGCAUCCCAUUCAGCUUCAGUAAUCAGACCGCCUGCUCCCUGCACUGCUCCACACGGGGCAUGAGUGGGGCCCAGCGCGCCUGCAGCACAUACAGCCAUGUAGUCCUGAAGGAGGUGCGCUUCUUUGAGCUGCAGUCCCUUUACCCUCUGCUGCAGGACCCUGAGCUAGACCUGCGUAUUGUGCACCUGGUGCGAGACCCACGCGCCGUCAUGCGUUCCCGAGAAGAGUCGUCGAAGUCCUUCACCAGAGACAACUCCAUGGUCCUAGAGCAGAAGAACGUGUCUGCGGCUGACAUUCAGUACCACGUCAUGCAGGAGAUCUGCCGCAGUCACAUUCGUAUCCGGGAGACAGCGCUGCAGAAGCCCCCGCCCUUUUUACAGGGUCGCUACAAGCUGGUGCGCUAUGAGGACCUAGCCCGAGCCCCGCUGGAGGAAAUCACCUCCAUUUAUGACUUUGUGGGCCUGGAAAUGUCUGGGGCUUUGGAGGAGUGGAUCUAUAAAGUCACACACGGCAAAGGAAAGGGCACCAGGAAAGAGGCCUUUGAAGUCACCUCUCGAAACGCCGUGGAUGUGUCGCAGGCCUGGCGCACCAAGCUACCACAUGCUAAAGUGCGACGUGUGCAGGAUCUGUGCCGCAGCGCCAUGUCCAUGCUGGGAUACCGGCCGGUCAACAACGACAAGGAGCAGAGGAAACUGGAUAUUGACCUGCUAGUGCCACGAGAGCCGUACCGUUUCAGCUGGUUACCUGCCGAAACUGAGCAGCCAAACGUGAAGCCUUAA